UGAUGAUGUGAACACGUUUCUCCGUUGACUCAAAACUUCAAGUUUCUAUAAAACCCAGGAGUAUUGACUGUUCGUUACGUCACUACGAAGAAGCGACACCAUGCGGCCGAUCUUGGUUCUCUUCUGCCUUGUGCUGGCGCUUGGGCUCGCAGCUGCCGGGAAUUGCGGCAAACGAUGGAAAUACGAUGCUGAAGCUGAAAAAUGUAUCUGCCGGUCCGGGUAUUUUGGUAAAACCUGUAAAUAUCGAUGCAAAUCCAAUUGGAUGCGUGAUGCAAACAAGUUAAUGGCCAGGUAUGCGUGUCCUAAGUCAUAUGUGCGGAGAAAUUGCAAGAAGACAUGUUCAACAUGCAGUGGAUCCACGUGUAAGGACAGCAAUCCGAGCAUGUGUGAACGCGAAAGGACGAAAAUUGAGUACAUAGCAACAAAGAGACUAUGUCACAUUGCGAAGGAAAACUGCCCGACGAUUUGCCACUAGAAAAAGAAAUGAAGAUAUGUUUUAAGAAUGCACGAAGAUUCAAACACGAGAGCUCGUCGACUACAACUAAAAGUUGCAAUUAUUGUAAUGUCGAUCAUAUUGACACAUUAAAAUAAACAAUCUCAGCAGU